AUGCCAGCAUUAUAUUCCUCUCUGAAUGAGCGGGCGGCCCACAUGGCCCCGCACCUUGCCCAACGAAGCCUAAGCGUCGACCAUACACAGGCAGUCACACUAGGAAUUAUGGCCGUCUACGUUGUUGUUAUCGCUUUACUUUGGAACCUGCCAUAUGUUCGAUACUCAUUAUGGCCCUUCAAGAUGUUGGUUAUCGCGUUUCACGAAUUCGGACAUGCGAUCACGGCAUGCUGUACAGGCGGACGAGUCGAAUCUAUCUCUCUUGAUCCUCACGAAGGAGGCGUCACACAUAUGCGAGGAGGAAUGUCUGCCAUCACACUGCCCGCGGGGUAUUUGGGGUCAUCCAUCAUUGGCGCUCUGUUGAUCUUUGCGGGAUUUGAUAUUGUGGCUAGUAAAAUUGCUAGCAUUGUGCUUGGUGUUUGCUUUCUUUUGACCCUUUGGUGGGCUCGGAAGGAUUGGUUGACCAUCUGCACCGUUCUCCUUGCGGUUGGCUUCCUCGUCGCGUGCUGGUUCAUUGCCCAUGCUGAAGCCUUAAGGUGGUUCGUCCUAUUUAUCGGCGUCAUGUCCUCCCUCUACAGCGUGUGGGAUAUUUGCGACGAUCUCAUUCUCCGCAAAGUCAACAGUUCUGAUGCUAGCGUUUUCGCCAAGAAGUAUGGAGGAUCUUCGCAAUGCUGGGGUAUCAUCUGGUCUAUCAUCUCUCUUGCUUUCAUGGCUAUUGGGAUUAUUGGUGGAAUCGCCGCAUUUCCCGAGUCCUUCGCGCAGCAAGAGAAAGACUCACAGCAUUUUAUUCCCACAUUUUGA